GACAGCUCGGCGCCAAAAGCUUCUCAUUGGUCGCUUCGCACUUCAACGUCUUGGGCUUUCUCGACUUCACUUCACACUCCGCCGAGUCUCACUCAGCAGAGCCGCGGCGUCGACUUUUCAACUUAACUCUCGGACUUUCUUCAUGAAGUGAGUCGAACAAGUAGAAAGAAGUCUGGUCCGCUAUUUUAGGAUGUUUCUUGGACUUGUGACGUUGUCGCUGCUGGCGGCCUGCCGGGCGUCCGAGUACGAGCAGCAUGUGAGCUGGAAGUGGGACUCCUACCAGGGAGGGCGCAGCUACGGCAAGCCGCCGCAGUGCGUGGACAUCCCGGAGGACCUGCGGCUGUGUCACCAGGUGGGCUACGGACAGAUGCUGCUGCCCAACCUGCUGGAGCAUGAGAGCCUGGCGGAGGUGAAGCAGCAGGCGGGCAGCUGGGUGCCGCUGGUGCACAAGAGGUGUCACCCGGGCACGCAGCUCUUCCUCUGCUCGCUCUUCGCGCCCGUCUGCCUGGAGACACCCAUCCUGCCCUGCCGCUGGCUGUGCGAGGCCGUGCGGGACGGCUGCAGCCCCAUCAUGGAGGCCUUCGGCUUCCCCUGGCCGGAGAUGCUCACCUGCGACAAGUUUCCCCAAGACGACGUCUGCAUCGCCAUGUCUCAGCCCAACGCCACCCAGCCCACCGAGCACGCAGGUUACUCCCCCAUCUGCCCUCCCUGUGACAAUGAAAUGAAAAUAGAUGCCAUGCUGGAGCACAUGUGUGCCAGCGAGUUUGCCUUCAAGACCAAGAUCAAGGAGGUCAAGCGAGAGAACACGGACCGCAAGGUGGUAUUUCAGAAGAGGAAGAAGAUGCUGAAGGCGGGAAGCUUGAAGAAGAAGGACAUGAAAAAGCUGGUGAUGUACUUGAAGAACGGCGCGGACUGCCCGUGCCAGCAGCUGGACAACCUGGGGAACCAGUACCUCAUCAUGGGCCGUAAGGUGGACAAACAGUUCCUGCUCACCGGCAUCCACAAGUGGGACAAGAGCAGCAAAGAGUUCAAAAAGGCCAUCAAGAAACUGAAGAGCCACAAGUGCCCGGCUUUCGAGAACGUCUUCAAAUAAGACCGCCUCUCCCGUUCUUCGGUCUCGCCUCCCUCUUGCAUACGAACUUGCACAAACGCCCAAACUUUACUUUUUUUUUUUUAUUGUCUUGUUUAUAGCGAUACAGUACAUCUUUGUGUUCACUGGUAUCAUUUUAACUGUCCUUUUUUUUUUACAUUUUACGAGCGAUUGAUGACGUAUUGAAGAGUUAAGUUUCCUUUUUUUUUUUAACCAGCUUUUAAACUGGGGAACUGCACUUUUUUUGGAAUUUUCCCAAUAGUUCAUAAUACUUACGAGAGACAAGAAGACUAAAGAUUGUUUUUUUUUUCACUAUAACAUAAAAAUCGUCCCGUUUUAGGUGAGUAGCAAUGUAGCUAAUGGGAACAAUCAUUUCUACUUCUAAAUCACUUUAAAAAAAUACAUUCAAAUACCGCCAACAAUAUUUAAUUUAACCUGUACAAUAACCAAUCUGUAGCAACAUUGUUAUUGUAAGAGCAAACACUGAGGAACUCUUUUUCUUGCGUAGUAACACAUUUGAAGUUAAAGUACCGAUGAUUGUCACACUGUCAGGUUCAAACGCUGAUGACAUCUAUUAAACAGACAAGCAGCAAGGAACCAUGCAAAGACAGAGUUCAAUUUAGCUCAUGAGGAGAACGUAGGGAGCUGCACACUUAGCCGCAGUCUCGCCCUACGCUCUAUUUACUCAGAGUUCCUUAGUCAAUAUCACUUAAGCCGCCUCUAAAAGGAGUGGUCACAUAUAUUAUGCAAAGGAGUUUCAGUACGCACAGUACGUGACGGAAUGUGCUGGGGCCCUUGUGAUUUCGCCUUGUCUCUGCUUCGUCUGCGUGCCGUCGUCUUAUCUGCGUUCAGGUCCUUGUUGUCCUUAGUUGUUAGCCGGCUAAAACAAAGAUAACAAACACCAUCACCAAUGCCAACCUGUGGGAACUCACUAAACAAGAACCAGUGGGACUGCAAAUCGGGAGAAGGAAGUGGAGCUGGAUAGGCCACACACUCAGAAAACCCAAUAAAUCAAUCACCAAACAGGCACUAACAUGGAACCCACGGGGAAAAAGAAAGAGAGGGAGACCAAGAACAACCUGGAGAAGAAGCAAGGAAUAGGAGAUGAGGGCUGAGGGGCUGUCUUGGCAACAACUCGACCGAAGGGCACAAGACCGGAAUGGAUGGAAGGCUUUCGUUGGCGGCCUAUGUUCCUCAGUGAAGUUAGGCCACUCCUCAGACAAGCAGUUUUUGUCCUUGCACAGAUAGAAAAAAGUACAGCUUAAGCACAAUAGCUAAUAACUAUAGCAACGAACUUUAAGCAUACUAAAGUUGUGUGAUAAUAUAUAUACAUGAUUAUUCUGACAAAAUGACAUCUAUUAAACAGACGAGAAGCAAGAAGUUAUGCAGAGACAGAGUGAAAUUUUGCUCAAUUGAGGAGACAUGUUUUUUGGGCUGUAUUUUAGUUACAGAUCCAAACUACGAUCUAAAGUCUAGUGCUUCCUCUAUUUAUUUGGGAGGUCCCUGGUUACAUCACUGAAGCUGUCGCUGAGGGGAAAGCUCCAUUUAGACACAAUAUAUGAUUAUACAAGAAAUGCAAAUGUAUUGACGCUGGUGAUAUCGCCUUGUCUCUGCUCUGUCUGCCUCACGGCGGUGUUCGGCCUUGGCAAUCAGCAGGCCGUUCCUGGACACAGACACUGAUACGAGACUGGCUUGCAAUCUUUUGGAUUGCCAGCUUUGCACGGACAAAGAAAAAUACCACUUCGGCACAAUUAAUAAUAACUAUGGCAACAGCCCUUAAGCAUAAGAGUUGUGUGAUUGUAUAUACAUGAUUAUUCCAACACACACGCACACUAGGUGUGGUGAAAUGUGUCCUCUGCAUUUGACCCAUCCCCUUGCACACCGCCUGGGAGGUGAAGGGAGCAGUGAGCAGUAGCGGCGGCUGCGCCCGGGAAUCAUUUUGGUGAUUUAACCCCCCAUUCCAACCCUUGAUGCUGAGUGGUAAUGGGUCCAAUUUUUGUAGUCUUUGGUAUGACUCGGCCGGGGUUUGAACUCUAACCACCAGGCCACGCCAUGCUCUGGUAUUAGCUGUAAAAGCUAACUACAGAAAGAGAUAAGCUAGCUUCGGCAACAUGAAACACGAUUGAGUUUAUAAUGCACAACACUGUGAUAGGACAACAAUUUGUACUGCCUGGAAAAACAGGAACAAUCGUAUUACAGUAUCUGUAAAGUAUGAUGUCAUGUUUUGUUUGUACACAGCUAGCUUUACAGCGUAUGCACAGUAGUGUACGGUGUUAUGAUCAAUAGUAUAGUGACUCACUCGGUGGACAGUUGUCCGUUUGGUCAAGAUAGCCGGGAACGUUUCCAGUUGAUUUGGGUAAGCACUCCAAUAAAUCGGCUCAAAAUACCUUGGUUCAAAAACUUCCAGAUUAGCAGCGUGACCAUUUUGCACCGACCUCACUCUCUGGGCUUCCGUCUCCGCCGACGUCUCACCGUCUUCUUCUUGCUCGCUUUUAUAGGCAGCGGUUCGUCCUCGGUAUAUUCAGCUUCAAAAAGAUAAGCUUGUGAAUCCUUAUUUGUCCAAAAAUAGUGGUGUUUGAUGUCGAGUACUAAGUCUGCAAAUCAUGCGUGUUUGUUUGUGGAAGUAGGAACGCGCGCUGCUAUGGAAACGGAAAUAUAUGCACCCGGCUACUAAUUAAAACGACCAAAAUACAGUAAAUGUUGUACAUAUUACAUAUUGUUAUGAAAAUGUCUGUUACUACAUUAUAUAUAGACUGCUUGGCACUCAGCAUCAAGGGUUGGAAUUGGGGGUUAAAUCACCAAAAUGAUUCCGGGGCGCGGCCACCGCUGCUGCUCACUGCUCCCCUCACCUCCAAAGGGGAUGGGUCAAAUGCAGAGGACAAAUUUCACCACACCUAGUGUGUGUGUGUGUGACAACCAUUGCUACUUUAACUUAACUUUUAGGGGCUUUGAAGGCUACAACAGUGACUCCCAUUUUGAAGGCAAUGUUUUAUCACAGAGGUAUCCAAAGCGCGGUUUGGGGGCCAUUUGCGGCCCGCAGCUAAUCGUUUACCGGCCCAACACACAUUCUGCAAAAAUUGCAAAAUUGAUAGUAUUGCAAAAAUUCCAAAAAACAUUUAAAAAAAGUGGAAUGAGGUGAAAUCUAAUGAGAAAAAGUGGCUUUUUUUUUCCUUUUGUCUUUUUUUAGUAGAUUGGCCGUGUCAGCAACUUGAGGGUUGCAGGUUCGAUUCCCGCUUCUGCCAUCCUAGUCACUGCCGUUGUGUCCUUGAGCAAGACACUUUACUCACCUGCUCCCAGUGCCUCCCACACUGGUUUAAAUGUAACAUAGAUAUUGGGUUUCACUAUGUAAAGCGCUUUGAGUCACUAGAGAAAAGCGCUAUAUAAAAUAUAAUUCACUUCACUUCCCUUUUUUUUUCCAUUGCUAAAAAAAAGGACAAAAAAAUCUAUGUUAUAAUGAAUUCUUACUUAAGUGAAGUGAAUUAUAUUUAUAUAGCGCUUUUCUCUAGCGAUUCAAAGCGCUUUACAUAGUGAAACCCAAUAUCUAAGUUACAUUUAAACCAGUGUGGGUGGCACUGGGAGCAGGUGGGUAAAGUGUCUUGCCCAAGGACACAACGGCAGUGACUAGGAUGGCACGAGCGGGAAUCGAACCUGCAACCUUCAAGUUGCUGGCACGGCCGCUCUACCAACCGAGCUAAACCGCCCCUUACUCAAACAUUAUCACUUUAAAAUGUUUUAUGUGGAAAAAAUAUUGCAUAUGUUGUGUGGUUGCCAUAUAAAAACCUCAAAAAAGCAUAAAACAAACAAUAGUUCAAACUUAAAAUCGACAGAUAUAUCGGAAGUUGAUCUUGAAAUUUAAGUGUUAAAAGUAAAAAAAAUUAAAUAAAAAUGCAUCACUUUAUGAGUGGGGAACCUUUCGGAUCUCAAAUAUAUUUAGUCGGGUUUUAUUUAACUUUUCAAUAAGAUUACUCAAAAAUAUUAAAUAAUUAAAAUCCUGCAUUAUUUAAUUGCUAAAUAAAGGAACUCUCCUGAAGGAAUCAAUAAAGUACUAUCCAUCGAUCUAAAUACUGCAUAUUUCAGUUUUACUAUAAAAAACAAAGUUGUCUUGGACAGAAAAGACAUAAAACCUUAUUUUUUUUACUUUAUAUCAACCUCAAGUUGAUAUAGAGAUUUACUGUAAGCAUUAAAUAAAAAAUAAAAAUAAUAAUUUGACUUAUUUUUAACAUUUUAGUGACUGAGACCCUCUAUGCUCCCCAGGAGUCCUAAGGAUUAAAAAAAAAAAAUCCAUAUAUUUUGUUAUGGUUUGAAAAUGAAAAUUAUCAAAAUGCCCUAUGUGGAAAAAGUUUGGACACCCCUCUUUUAUCAUCUUUAACCCUCGUUCUUGUCUCUCAUGAUUGUGAACGAUUGGCAAAAUUGCAAAAAAAAAAUAAGUGCAGUUCCCCUCUUAAGUAUGUAUCUGAAUGUGCACCACAUACAUCUAGUUAAUGCUUUCUCACACUUACUCUACAUGUCUGCUCAUUUUGCUUGUAGGUAUCGGAAAUAAUUGCUAUAAAAAUCAAUAUUAUGCUGCAGCCAUUGUAGAAGCUUACUCCUAUUGUUAUUGGCAUAAAGCACAUUUGAGAACAAAUAGAGCAGUUAGUGUGACAAAUGAAUAAAUGCUUCAACAAGAACAGUGUCAGUGUAAGAUUUCAGAACCAUGCCAGAUGUUUCCGAACAAUAUCUUUGUGAUUCUUGGCCAAGCCUAAGAGCAGUAUUUACCAACGUGUAAUCAUGCAUUUUGUCCAAAUAUUGUCCUUUUUCUUUCACCGUGUACUUGCAGUAAUCGGUGAAAUGAACACUAGGAACUUUAAAAUGCAAAAUGUUGAAUGUUUUGCCGGGUGUUGUUGAUCUGUUUGUCGUGACUGGAAUGCAUAUGUGGAAUUACACGUUUUACAUAAAUAUGGAAAACUCAA